CGUAAAUUGAGAAUUAUAUUCUGAGCACUUCAUGGGUGAGAUUGACGUGUUCAAUUGAACGCUUACAUCGCCAGGAAAUCAAUAGGCUUACAUAAGCAGCAUUUGGAUGUGUUCGUUACUAAAUAGGUCUCCAUUAUAUUUUUGUUUUUGUUUUAGCCGACUAUCCUCAGGAAGCCUAUUGCACUUGUUAAUGUAGCUGUAAAUUAUAAUUAUUGAACUAACUUAUUUACAGUGUGUGUGUGUGUGUGUGUGUGUGUGUGUGUGUGUGUGUGUGUGUGUGUGUGUGUGUGUGUGUGUGUGUGUGUGUGUGUGUGUGCGCUCUACCAGGAAGUGUACUGUAACCACACUUUUGUUCUUGACUCUACAUUCAGUACUUGCUUGCUUCGGCUGUGGUGCAGUUGUUGCAUGAAAAAAAUGGUUUCCUCUCCAAAAAUUUCCAUAUCUAUUACCUAUUGGUCUUACCAAUUCCAGCUCACUCUUGGGGGGUCUGGCCCGUCCCAUCCCUCUCCUGGACCCCACAAGAUGCCGUGCGACUUGGGCGUCGGACAGCUCUGUGUUGGGGUGGCAUGGAAUGCAGUGAGCAGUCUGGCGGGCUCCGAGUUUAGAUUGAUAGCAGAAGCGGAGAACGGGUGUCGGCAGUAGGGGUUGGGUAAAUAACUUUAAUAAUUCACAAGGUAAUAUCCCAUCGUGCGCAAUGGGUUAGGCUGCUGCUGCACCUUUCAACUUGGACCACGUCAGCUGCAGCAGCAGCACCACCACUGCAGCCACUGGAGAGUUCACCCAGGCCCAUUGAGGGUUCAGGUGAUGGGUCUUCCUGGAGUGACUCACUUGGGUUUGCCUGCUUUGUAUCCUUGAUUGGCAGUCUAUGAGGAAAUGGUUUCAUUCAAGGCUCAUCUCUCCAUGGUAGACGAAGGUAUUAAGGACAGGAUGGUUAUGUGGCUAGGGUGUGUGUCUCCAAACACCUACAGUCGAAGGGUACCAAGUUCGGUCCCCAAUGUAUGCAGCCUAACCUGUAGGCAUCCCGCAAGAAGCCCAAAACCCUGCCUCCUUCAUCACAUGUAUCAAACAUGAUGAAAGUUGCUUUAGCUGACUCUACUAAAUAGUACAAUCUGAUGGUAGGACUAAAUGGCACGCACAGCAUGAGAAAUGUAGGCCUAUAACGGAAUUUAAUUUGAUGCAUUGGAGUUCCUUCCUGUGACGAAUCUACAAUUGUGGUGACUGCAGCCAAACACAGGAUAUCUUUGCUUGAAUUAGUCUCAGUGUCGGUGGUGAUUCAGUGGUAGUUGGAUAUUUCCACUCUCUUAAUCAAGUCCGUUUUCUCUCCUGGGGUCCAUGUGACUUGAAAGGACUCAUGCUUGAAAUGUUCAUGGCAUUUAUGAAUUCCUAUUCUAAUGUCUACAUUACUGCUGCUCAGUUGGAUUUGGGCUGUUUUUCUUGUGUGUUGUGUAUUGCUUUAAACUGUUGGCUGGCCGUCUCGUCUACAGAGUUGGCUGCUGAAUACAUGAGAUCUGGUGUAAGGGAUCUGAGCAUCUCGAGUAAUGGGCUUUGAGAAGAUCUGUCUCGAUGACGCUCACACUAAAAGUAGGCAGCUGCAGCCUGAAUGAGGUUUAUCUGGUGCAGAAAAUAGAAACGGCCAGCAAUUAGUCUCUGUUCCCAACUGUUGGGUUAAAACCCAAACAAGAAAAUCAAUCCAUUGAUCCUGAUACACUAAUGUCCUGUGAUUCAUUGAGGUCGACCAAUCAUAGAGGACCUUUUUGGAUGGGACGUUGGCUGAGUGUAUGUGUGUUUGUGGCCCCGCCCUCCACUUCCACCUCAUUGUGCCCCUUUAUGUUUUAUUGGGCCAAUGUUCUGUUAUUCUAAGCUGAGCAGGAUGUUUAUAUGAUCCUUACGGAGAAAUAUGACUGGCAAGGUCUGACUGUUUAUCUUCCUUCCCUCCCUUUCCCCUGCUGCUCUCCACGACUUGAGGUCACCCCUGACUGAAACCCCCCUCUGCAUGUGACCCUAAACCCUCCACCCCCAUCUCUAGGAUGUAAUGAGCUCAGGAUCAUUCUGCGUGCGUCUCUCUAACUAGUGGAGCAGAGCAUAGUGUUUCUGCCCACCAAAGACAUGACCGAGGUGAUGAUCAACAGCACACCAAUGGACGACAUGAGGCUCAGUCCGAGCAAGGACAGGCUCACCUUCCAGAUCUUCCCGGACCCCUCAGACUUUGAUCGCUGCUGCAAGCUGAAGGACCGCCUGCCCUCUAUAGUGGUGGAGCCGACCGAGGGGGAGGUGGAGAGUGGAGAACUGCGCUGGCCCCCAGAAGAGUUCCUUGUCAGUGAAGAGGAGGAGGAAGAUGAUGAGGAGGAGGAGGAGCAGCAGAAUGGCAGUAUUCAAAAUGGACAGCCGAUGCAGAAUUCUGAGCAUUAAACGCAGAUUUUUCUGUUUUUGCUGCAUUUGUUCACCCAAACCUAUUCCAUCCAUCUCUCUUCAACCUGCUCCCACCCCAAUUACCCACACUGGCUGUACUGCACUUGGCAGACACAAUGGCAGGCACAUAUUAAUGUCUAUUGACGCCAUCUUCCUCUGACACCAAAGCAUCACUUCCACAAGAGAGGCAAUACAUACACAUUCUCACGUAUACUUUUUUACAAUUUCAAAAAAAUGUCUUUCUUAGGACUUGUGAACCACCCAUUCCGGCUUGGGGAAAGACCAGAGACAUGGGGUUGUAAACUAGAUUUUUAUACCAUGGUACCCUGCUUGUCUGGACCCAAAACGGAUGCCGUGUUUGCCGGUGGCAGAGCUAGGCUCCAAAGAUGGAGUUGCACUGCUGGUGUCCGUGACGGUGUCCAUUCUUUCCUUUCCAUGGCUGGUGUCAUGACCCUAGAGACUGUCAUUGUCCCAUGACGUUGUUGCUGUGGUACCUGUGGGGACUGUUGUCUGAAGUACAAUGUCUAGUUUCUCCUUUGAAACUUUUUUUUUUUAUUGUGAGUACCAUUGCUGUCUGCAGCUCUUGGUUUGUGUAAGUUGUUAAUCGGGGGAGAUGUUUCCAAACUCGUCACUAUUUUGUAAUCUAACUGUUGAAAGAUCCUUAUCGAUGACACAUGGUGAAAGGCUUGCCAUAUGGCUCCUGUGCAAAGCGGACUGCAAAGUAUUUACAUGCAGAGAAGGAGUACGGACUGUAAACCAGCUUUUCAAUGGGCAACAUGUUAUGUGCGGAUAUGAUUAACGAGGUCAAGAACUGAGGUGUACGAUUGCAGUUGACGGGCUCAUGUGUACACUGUCGUUAGGCUUUAGUGAGGUUAAGGCUUCAGCUGACCAACCUGGGGUAGUUGGUCACAAGUUUAACACGGGCCCAGUUAGAUAUAUAUGUAUAUAGCCUCAUGGAGCCCAGCCUAGAAGCCUUGUAGUGUUUUGAUAUAUCCUUUGUGUUCCUAUCGCAUUGAACUUAUUGUUUUUCUUUUCUUUCUCUUUUGAAGGGGGUGGGGGGAAUGACAGGGAAAGGACUUCUCUAGUGUGUGUUGACCAUUGUAGCUUUCUUUUAAGUCUUCCUGAUUUCAAGUCUGCCAUUAUGUUUAACGCGACAACACAACAGAUGGUGUACAUCAACGCUGAUGCUGUCACUAUCUUGAGGAAAUGUCCAAUACACUGGUCCCAACGUUUCACAAAAUGAUGUCAAGGGUGAAGGACCCGCUAGUCUGAUGUAUGAAGUCCUUUUAUUUGUCAUUCGGUUUGAGGCAUGCAAAUGAUUUGCCUCUAUGCAAUUGAAAUGUAUGGGUGCCUCCACUGUUUUGUACACCCAACCAUUUGGAACACUUGUUUUUUUCAUGUUAAUGUUUUUGAGAAGUCGUGACUUAUGUACACGUCUUUUGAGCAAUGUGGAGUUACUAUAUUUUCUACUUUAUUCCUUUUGAAUGGCAUUAGAGCUGUGUACAGGGAAAUUGCUGUCCCUUGGCCCCAUGUUUUUAUAAAGCUCAGGGAGAAUUGGCCGCCAUCUUUUUGUUUGUGUGUCUGUGUGUGAGCGUGUGUAUUUAGACCACUUUCUCUGUGAUGAAUACAGAAGUUGUAAAUAAACAUGAAUUUGCUUUAAAA